AUGACGAGCUACAUCCCCUCCCUCACGCUUCCCAGCUUUGCUUUCGAGAACCCUGCAGUGGCUAUCCUGCUACCUGUUCUGUGUGGAACAGCCACAGGAUUUGCCAUCAGCCCAAGUGUGUCUCAAACAGCAUACCGAACGCUGAAGCAACCUCCACUACAUCCUCCUGGUUAUGUAUUCGGACCAGUCUGGACAGCACUCUAUGCCACCAUGGGCUACACAGCCUAUCGCGCGUACACUAUUGGAGCGACGUCUGCUAACCCCAAUACUGUUGCUCUGGCGAAGCACGGAGCCACUCUUUACACUAUCCAGCUCGCCUUGAAUCUCAUAUGGACUCCUCUCUACUUUGGUCUCGGUCGUCCCAUUCCUGCUUCAGUUGACAUUCUCGCUCUCGGUGGAACUCUUGCCUACCUUAUCAAUGUCUGGGGACAAGUGGACCCAGUUUGCGGAUGGCUGCUCGCACCCUACCUUGGUUGGGUCAGCUUCGCAACAUACCUCUGCAUUGGAUCAGGUUACCUGAACAACUGGGACUUCAGGGCCAUCUCGAAGAAAGAUUAA